AUGUCUCGUCGCAAACGAGCCGUCGAAGUGAAACGGUUGUGUGAGAUAGCGGAUACGAUCUGGGGUCACACGUCCGCACAGAAGGUCCCGUUGAUCAAUCCGGUGGAUAUGGAGGCGGAGGACACGGGGAUGGAGUCGAGCUCGAGGAACGUCGUUGGGUUGCCGCCGGUAGAAGAUAAACAUGCCGAGUUCCUCGCCCGGCUGCGGGAUUUCAUGAAGGAGCUGCGGACCCCUCCGCCGGUGAACAUCGCAGCGCUGAGUCAGAAGCGGCAGCGGACCGUGAAAGGGCCGGAACAGGUCGUGAUUCCCUCUCUCGCGAAGGUGGCAGCGACGAGCAGAUCGCAGCAGAUGGGGCUGGAAAGGAGUUUGCAGACUUCCAAAGAUCAUAACAACGCUAGAACGAAAGCGAAGCGCGAUAAAACUACCGUCAAAAGGCCUCACUCAAGCAAGUCACUCGAAAAGCGCCCCACAUCAGGUUCCGCAACCAACCUCACCCCCACCGUGCCCGAAAUCGUCAGCAUCCUCAACAAACCCGAAACCCAACGCACCCCCGACGAAGUCAAGCGCCUGUUCGCCGGUCUCCGCACUCUCAAAGCCUUCAGCGCCAUGUCCGACUUCACCAUGACCCAACUCCUAGGCGUCAUCCACCCCGUCCUAAUGGAACAAAAUCGCACCGUCUUCCGGCAGGGCGACAUCGGGUCCAGCUGGUUCGUCAUCCUCGAAGGCACGGUGGACAUCCUUGUCCUGAAAGGCGGAACGAAAGGUCUGAAGAAUGCGAAUGAUGCGGAGGGGAAUGCGUUGGCGGAGAUGGAUGUGGUGGAUGUCGUGAGGCAGAGUAUUGUGUUGAAGAGUUUGGAGGCGGGCGCGGGGUUCGGGGAGCUUGCGCUUUCGCAUAUUACGGUGCGCUCGGCUACGAUCAAGACGGUGACUUCGUGCGUGUUGUUGAAGAUUGAAAAGGCGGAUUAUCUUAGGGUUGUUCGAUUCGUGCACGAAAAGGAACGGCAGGAACGAAUCCUGUACCUCCGCCGAUACGUUGGAAUUACCGACGAACGCGAAGUAAACCUCAUCGCAAACGCAAUGGCAGUAGUCCGCUACCCCAAAGGCACCUACGUCCUCAAACAGGGCGCAACAGUCUCCAAAAUCUCAUUCCUCAAAUCCGGCGUCCUCGCCGCCUUCACCCACCUCGAAGUCACCACGGAAGAAGCCAUCAAACUACACCUGCACCGCCACGCGAAAAUCCGGCCACCUCACGCCGUCCGCGCUCGGACGGACUCGGGUUUACUUGAAGACGCACAAGUUGAAGGGCCGUGCUGUAUUGCGAUUUUUUUGGGAUAUAUUUCGCCCGGGGAGUAUUUUGGGGAGCAGAUUAUGUGGAAUGGGGGCGAGGUUGAGUCGGAUAAUAAUGUCAGUACCGUGACUGCGACGACGACUACCGCUGUCGCACCGUCAUCACCCGCAACCGCCGACACCCCCGCCCCCCCAACAACUGGAUCAUCAUCAUCAUCAACCCCCCGCACCCUCCCGUCCCCCAUGACAAUCCACACCCUCACGGAAGUAACCCUGGGCGAAAUCCAAGAACACGACGCCCGCGAACGGCUCGCAUCCAUCACGCUGCCCCUCUCCCCGCUCACGAAGAUGGCACUCUCCCGCGACGCGGUGCUGCAGCGCCAUUUUGUGCUGACGGACCGGAGGAAGUGGGAUCGGUUCAGACAGAGGGAGAUGGAUAAGCUGGUGAGGGAGGUGAGUGGGGAUGUGAAUAUGGAUUUGAGGAAGUGGGGGAUGAGGAUGAGGAGGGGUGGGGGUGGGGAGGGGGAUUAUAGGGAGUAG